UUUUUAAAUUCUGCACUUUGAAACUGGUGGCUAAAUAAACUAAAAGUUUUUUUUUCUAUCGAGAAGACUGAAGAGGUGAAUUUUUUUUCCUCUUUUGAUUCCAACCUUUUCUCCCAGUGACAAAGCAUAAAUCAUGGACACCAGAGAAUAAGGUGAACCUCAGGAAUCUGAAGACAGAGAAGCCUCCGUCUUCCUCAGGACGGAAGAGUGGGGCGUUUUCAGCUCUGUCUGGAACCUAAAUCGAAAACCAUGAGUUGCAUGCCAUGGAAAGGAGACAAGGCGAAAUCUGAAUCCUUGGAGCUGCCCCAGGCAGCACCCCCACAAAUCUACCAUGAGAAACAGCGCAGGGAGCUCUGUGCCCUCCAUGCCCUUAACAACGUCUUCCAGGACAGCAACGCCUUCACCAGGGAAACGCUGCAGGAGAUUUUCCAGAGGUUGUCUCCAAACACUAUGGUGACACCACACAAGAAGAGCAUGCUGGGAAACGGGAACUAUGACGUGAACGUCAUUAUGGCAGCACUUCAAACCAAAGGCUAUGAAGCUGUCUGGUGGGAUAAGCGCAGGGAUGUGGGUGUUCUUGCACUCACUAACGUCAUGGGCUUCAUCAUGAACCUGCCCUCCAGCCUGUGCUGGGGUCCACUCAAGUUGCCUCUCAAAAGGCAGCACUGGAUCUGUGUUCGAGAGGUGGGAGGGGCCUACUACAAUCUUGACUCCAAACUCAAGAUGCCAGAGUGGAUUGGAGGCGAGAGCGAGCUCAGGAAAUUUCUGAAAUACCAUUUACGAGGAAAAAACUGUGAACUCCUACUGGUGGUACCAGAAGAGGUGGAAGCCCAUCAGAGUUGGAGGGCAGAUGUGUAACACAGUUCUACCCAACUUGCCCCUCACCUCAACCCUCCAGUCCUGUUUGAUGUGCUGCGGCCUCUACAGUGGGUCUGUCUAGCCACUUCCCCAGACAUCUCAUUGGGUUUCCCCUUCAGAUUUGCCAGUGCAAUAGGACAGAUGUGUGGCCGGUUAGAAGAACCACCCAGCAUUGUCUGUGCCUGGGGAAGGAGGGUAGGAGCUCUGAGCACUUAGGGUAAGCUGCUGGACAUCCACAUUCUGUUUCAGAGAGGGUGGCAAGGGGGUCCUUGCUUAUGCUUCCCUUCCUGUGAGGACUUGGCACAGGUUCUGCUGGUGUUCUCUCUGCUGCCCCAGGCGCACAGGGAGGCUGCCUCUUUUCUCUCCUGUGGCACAAGUGGGUCUGAGAACACAGUACAUGCAGAGCCCAGUGACUGGUUCAAAGGACCCAGAGUAUAAGUGUCUCAGGAAACCAUCUUCAAACCCCCAGCAGUGGCGUGCACAGGCCACCUGCAACCCAUAAUACCACCUCUUACCCUAUUUUUUAAGGGUGGUUUACAGUCAGCCUUGGAGUUUUAUACUGAAAAGUUCUCUGAAAUUCCAAAGUGGGUGGUAAAUCCCACAGCACUCUAGCAAGACAAAUGUGAGAAAGACACCUAAAGGGACGUGGCCAAAGCCACCAGGACAGGCUCAGAGUGGCUUUUCACUCCAGUUCUGUCCCUACCAUUUCACUACAUUGAUUUCGGAAGCAUUGGGGCAAAUGACAGUGACAAGGGACAGGUCUAGUUGGCCCAUCCUAGCAAAAUCAGAAACACAUCUACACUUGACAUUAAAUUCCAAUAAUUUGGGACAGAGUUGGGUGAGGAAACUGCUGGGAAGAUGAGCUUCACAAAAUUUUAGAGCAGGUAGGCAUCCUGGGCUCUAAGGUCAAGACAGAAGAGCCCUCAGGCUGGUAGGUUAUGUGCAUCUAACUAGAGGACCUGGGUUCAACAUGUUUCCUUGACAAACUGAGGGCUGGCCACCCCUACCUCGUCAAGCAGUUUGAGGCCAUUUUUCUCUAACUUUGGAAAAUCCAGAGAAGGAAGGGAAUUAAGCACCAUACCACCCACCAAGGUAGCCCUGGUUGUCUCAAGGCAGGUGGGCAGGCAUGUGACCCAGCUAGUCCUUGGGCUCUGUGGUCUCCACAGGUCUGAGAGCUGCCCCAUUAGCCAGGCUUCUCUCUGGCAACAGAGCUAGCCUAGGGCUUGCAUGCCAAUCCUGAGCAAGCUUAAUGGGGAAGCUGGGGCUCUCCCCACUGUGACUGGAGUGCAUGUUUACACCAGCACUUUUUCUGCACAUGUAUCUUCAAUCCACCAAGGCUGUUUUUUUUAACACCGAGUAGCAGAGGCCCUAAGUGGCUGCUGCAUUAAUGCUCAGCAGCUGGCCCCGGUCGUUUGCACCAUUUUCUACAGCAGAUCUGCUUGGCACCACAGGGAGCUCUGCCCCUGCACACGACAUUCCAACCACCACCAGCUGGAAGUUACAGCCAACCUUGUUGAUUGUCACAGCAGGACCUUGGGUCCAUUGGCACUGUCGGUGAUAGUAAGCCAUUUUCUUGGGUAGAGGAGGAAACUUACCUCCACAAAUCUGCUUGGGUCGGUGCAAAUGGCACUUCAGAGAGUCCCACGUACAGAGUCCAUGAGCCAAUGGAAUAUGCAAAGACACUUAAGCAUUUCAGGGCUGGUUCUGUUCAUGUCUAAUUCUGGUGCUUAGGAACAGGGACCCAUGCUGAUGCCCAAGGGCAAAAAACCCCAUUUCCUUUAAGGAAGGGGCAGCCUGACCCUGAUGCCCAACAAGGGCAACCCUAGGCUUUGCUUUUAUUCCCCUUUUCUGUUGGCCUUGUGCUGGGUUUGUUUACAAAAGAUGUAUUUUGUUUAACCAAAUAUUAAAAAUCAAAAACUCUGAAUACAAA